GUUGCAUUUUUUUUUUCCGUAGAAAUUUGAUGCUAUCGACAAUUGAAAAAAUGAAUCGGAUAAAAAAACCCUUCUCUCCUGCAAAGAUCCUGGCUCGAAAAAACCUUGGCUGCGUUUGAUCCCUUCUCUCCCUCAACCCUGGUCUACUCGAUUUUUGUUUGACAUCGCAGUGAAGAAACGGUACUUUCCCCUGGAACCCUUUUGGCAAAUCAGACUUGAUCUUAAAGACCCAUUUGGAUGCAACUGUCUUACAUCACUGUGGAAUCUCCACCAACUUCCGAACCCUAUUAUUGUUUAUGACACCAAUUCCUCUCUCAUUGCCUCCACCCAUUGUGUCUAAACUACAGUGAUUUAGGCUUAUAGGAAAGUGGUAGGAUCUUCCUCUUGACCGAUGUCAUACUCAUACUCAUUCAGAUAGGUCACAUAAUUUGGAUGAAUGGUGGGCUUGAGUGUCUUGAUAAAUCUUUUUGAAGGUUCUGGUGCUCCAACUAUACUAGCUGGCAAUGGUGUUACUACCUGUGUGGGUGCAAGAUCAUAUGUCAUCUCUGGCUUCAUGGACACAUUCUCAUCAUCAGGUAAUUGCGGAUUUUGAUGCCACGCUAACGAAGUACUGGGUCAAUGGGUGUCCAGGUCAUACUAGUCAUGGUCUGUUGCAGUUGGGUAAUCCGGAAUGCGAGGACAAGAUGCGGAAAUUGUGUGAAUUUUAUUAUCCCAUUAAGCAAUCCCUGACGAUUCCAUUUGAGGAGAAAGCAAAGCAUAUGGAAGAAUGGCAGGAAAAUGGUCAUGCGCUUCUGAUUGAGGCUGGCCUUACCUUGGAGGCCAUAAAGAGGUCGGUGGCUGAUGCAAAAAUUGAAUUUAGGGAGGGGGUAGUUGAACUAUUAAAUCUUUUGGAGGAAAGAGGCGUGCCUGUUCUUAUAUUAUCUGCCGGGCUUACAGACGUCAUAGAGGAGAUCUUGAGGCAGAAACUUCCUAGAUUUCCUAAGAAUGUCAAGAUUGUGUCAAACCAGAUGGUAUUCAGUAAUGAUGGUCGCCUUGUAUCUUUUAAAGGAAAGACAAUUCAUGUCCUAAACAAGAAUGAGCAUGCUUUGGAUAUGGCCUCCUCAUCUGUACAUGAUCAGUUUGGUGAAACUAAGGAGCAGAGUGAUGAUAAUGUGUUUAUUAAGAGAAGAACGAAUGCACUGCUUCUUGGUGAUCACAUUGGAGAUCUGGGCAUGUCUGAUGGUUUGAACUACGAGUAUCAAAUUACUGUGGGAUUCCUGAAUGAUGACAUUGAGAAGUUUCUUGAAACCUUCCAAAAAGCAUUUGAUAUUGUGUAUGUGAAUGAUGCACCCAUGUGGGGAGUAGUAGAGUUGGUCUCACAAAUAUGUCCAUCCAGAGGUCACUAGACUAUACUCUGGACAUUUAGUCAUUCUUUCUGAGAUGGGUUACCUAUAUUAGCAUCAUUUUUCCCCUGUAUUUUCUUGUCUUGGAUAACUUGAGCACACCCAGCUACCACAGAUUAUAAACAGAAAGGUCCAAAGCUUGACUGCUGAACAAUUUAGUCUGGACUGAGUUUUUUGAGAAAAACAGAGAAGGUCGAAACGGAAUAUGCGAACCUGCAUGGUUUUAAAAGGAAUAUCCAAAUGGAAUAUAUGGUAGAUUUUAAAACUUGAUUGCCUCUUGAAAUCGUGGAUCAGUUGAAGAAUUCCUGCUGUGAAUGAUGAAUUAGAACAUCCAAGGAGUUGGGGCCAUGAAAGGGUGGACUAGACAAGCAAAAGUACGAAGAAAGAAGCAUUAUCAAGUAUCCAUCGAAUCAGGGACGGAAAAGGAAAAGCUGGACAUGGAGAUUCUCUCUCUAGAAUUAUCUAUUUCUCGCUUAUGUCAUCAGUUUGUUCUAAUCAACUUAAAUGAAUGCUUGGGUCUGUGCUUAAUCUGUCUGUCUAUAUUUGUUGCUAUUAAUCCUGAAAACACUUUUGGUGAUCUGAGUUUGAUUUGGUAUUUAUUAUGCAAUUCAACUA